CGCACAAAGUGGGGAGGAUGAGAGGAAAAAGCGGAGGCAAACAGCGUGGUUUUCCCGACGAGCGCACUUCUGUGUGAGUACGGAGGAAUUUAACGAGACUGUGACUUAUGUUUAUUUCCUCCUCCCCCUCCUUGUGCAUGGAUGUGCCUGUCACUGUGGCUGUUUGUGCUGCAAAUGCUCCAAUAGUGUGACUUCACUCUCAGGCCGCUCUGUGAGCUCCUCUCAAUACCCCACGGUGUUGGCCAUUGUUUAGAGAGGUGAACGAGGUCGAGUCUCUUCUCCUGAGAAAGAGGUAUCUGCACUCCCCUCUUCCUUCUUUGGGCCAUCCUAUAUCAGGUGUGCAGAUUGCAUUGAACAGGAUCUGCUCUUCCUGCACUGCGAAUGAGAAGGAGAAGCGAUGUCGAGAGACGACAGCUGUUGCAGAUUUUGCAGCAGGGGCUUAUAUAGCUGCCACUGGAAGCCCAAUAGUCAAACUCAGAGAAAACAUGCAUGCUGCUGGUUCUCAGUGGUCACUCUGGUCUCCCUGCUCUCUCUGUGCUGGAUGUACAUCUGUCUAGUUACUUAUAAUGACCAAGAGGAUGUGAACUGGCAGGGCUUCGCUAAACUGAAACGAUGGGUGAACUGGUUCAUGGUGCUCGUCAUCAUUUCUGCAGUGUUAACCAGCUACUGCGUCCUGCUGCUGCUGUUUGCACUCUUUCAAGUCGCCUUAGGAGAACCACUCAACUUACACUGGCUACACAAGAUUUUCUUAUUUUUUGGUGUGAUAUUCGUCGCUUGCGGGAUCACAGGAAUUUGUCUCCAGUGGAAACAAGAAUGGCCGACGGUUCCUUUCUCAUUCCAGGCCACAGCUCCUUUCUUACAGUUUGGUGCUGUCGGGGCGUUGACACUGCUGAGCCCGUUCGUCUUCCAAGGCUUCCACGAGGCAGAGGCUAAAUGGUCUAAGUUCCUGAUUGCUGCGAUAUUUGUAGCAGUGUCAGCAGCCAUCUUCCUGUGUCCCCUGAUCAUCCAGUCUCCCUGUCUGAUCGAGCUGAGCGAUUUACCUGAAAAACCAAAGCUCAUUGGCCACCGAGGCGCACCGAUGCUGGCCCCGGAGAACACCAUGAUGUCGUUUAACAGGAGCAUCGCGUGUGGUGUGACAGCCUUUGAGACAGACGUACAGCUCAGUAAAGACAGAAUUCCCUUCUUGAUGCAUGACCACAACUCUAAUGGUUUCUUGCGGAGGACAACAAAUGUUAAAGAGAAGUUCCUUGGCACAGACUUCAGCCACAGUGCCAACCUGACCUGGGAGCAAUUACAGAGUCUGAAUGCAGGUGAAUGGUUCCUAAAGACAGAUCCUUUCCGCUCAGUGUCCAGUCUCUCAGAAGAAGAGAAGGAAACAGCCAGAAAUCAGACUAUACCGUCCUUACUUCAGCUCCUUGACCUCGCCAAGCAGCACAACAUCUCAGUGAUAUUUGAUCUUUAUAGUCCUGAUCAGGAAAAUGACACAGUGGACACUGUUAGCACCAUCUUGAGUUCUGGCAUUGACCCAAGCAAGGUGCUCUGGCUUCCCCCAGCAGAAAGAGAAUAUGUGAAUCACACUGCGCCAGGGUUCAUUCAGGUCUAUAACAACGAAACAAAUAUGCUCAUUGAAGGAGGAGACCACCUGAAUGUGAAAUACAGCAAGUUUAGUACACAAGAAAUAAGAUAUAGGCCUGCGCUUACAUCCCUUGAAUCCAGAGGGCCUCACAUCCCUGAUGAAGUUUUGGCGACACCUCAUGGAGGUCAGGACUCACAGGUCGGGAACCAGUGCUCUCAUAAGCAAAUAAUGAAAUAUUCGUUGGCUGUUCUCUGUGCUGUGGUGUGCGGGGGCCAGCUCUGUUACCACCAACUCCUGCCACCAAUCCUGAAAGUCAUGGAGCGGCCUGACUGGAUCCUGGCACCUCUUACAUACAAGAUAAUAUGGAUUACAGUGGACAUUGUAUCUAUUCUGAUAAUGACUGGACUUUACAUCUUUCGAUGGGAAAGACAAGCAAAGAAACAAUAUUUCAGCGUGGAAUGAUAAAGAACUGUCUCCCUUCUUACCCACUGGGUAGUUCACCCUACACCGGCAGUUUUUUUUCUCUCUCAAAACUGACGUACAUCCCUGUCUGCACUGACA